AUGGCCGAGUACGCAAAGAAUCGGCCUGCGGGCUUCAAGAACGCCGUGGAAAAAGUUGCUAUUGUGGGCGCUGGAGGAACCGUGGGAAAGCAUAUUGUCGCUGCCCUUCUCCAGACGGGCCAGCACACCAUCACUGCACUGACUCGUCAAGGAAGUAGCAGCAAGCUUCCCGAGGGAAUCCGCGUGGCCCAGGUUGACUACGACGACGAAGCCACUCUGGUUGCCGCUCUGCGAGGGCAGCAGUUCCUCAUCAUCACACUCAGUCCAACUGCACCCCAAGGCACUCACAGCAAGCUGGUCCAGGCAGCCGCCAAGGCCGGAAUUCCCUACAUCAUGCCCAACGGAUACGGAGGGGACCUCGAAAAAGUAAAACUGGGCCAGGAGUCCAUGUUAGGCCCCGUGGCCAAGGCCUAUCGGGACGAGAUUGAAAGUCUCGGGAUGCAGUGGAUCACCGUAUGCUGUGGCUUUUGGUACGACUACAGUCUUGCCGGCACGGAGCUGCGCUUCGGAUUCGAUUUUCACCAAAAAACGCUGACACUGUAUGAUGACGGCAACACCAAGAACUCGGUCUCGACUCUGGCGCAGGUGGGACGCGCUGUGGCGAAGCUUCUGAGCCUCAAGGAGGUGCCGGAUGAUGAGCACGACGAGAGUCUGACGCUGUCACGGUGGCUGAAGAAAGGUCUCUACGUGACAAGUUUUACAAUCAGUCAGAGGGAGAUGUUUGAAAGCGUCAAGCGUGUCACAAAGACCACGGAUGAGGACUGGAAGGUCACCUAUGAGUCUACCAAGAAGCGAUACGAAGAUGGUCUGGCCCUCUUCAAGACUGGGAACCGACUGGGCUUUGGCAAGUUACUCUACGCCAGAGGCUUCUUCCCCGAAGACCCGAGUAGUUUCCCGGAUAAAUCGCAGAACCAACUGCUGGGGUUGCCAGAUGAAGAUCUGGAUGAAGCCACCCGGGCUGCAAUCGACAUGGUCGCGGAAUGA